GCCAAUUCCAUUUGUGUUAUCUGCCUUGUGUGAGAUCAUAUAACUUGCUGUAUCAUUUUGGUCGAAAUUGUUGUCCCUGCCUUUUAUACUUACUUGCUCUUUGGAGCACCUCCUUUCCAACGCCUUCCGUUAUGUCUGUCAGCAUUAGAUCAGCUAGACUUGUGCGCAACAGUGCUGCAUUGCGCCCCAGUUUGAUCGCCCGGCCACGCUUCACUGGUGCAUUGGGCGCAACUUCAGCCGCCAAUCUCCGGAUCAAUGGCCGAGGUCUCCCGUCUCACAUACAAGUAUUAGCAAUUCUGGUCCCUCACCGUGGGUACGCUACAGAGCAAUCAACUUCUACCUCGUCCUCAUCGAGCUUUCCUCCGCCCGGCUUCAACGCCGAGCAAGCGAAAAAGCCCAUCAUUCCAGAGCCUGCUAAAAAUGAUCAACAAGUUGUUCCUAAAUCAGAGUUACCAGUUACCCCGAAGAACAAUGCUCAGAGCAAAGAUAAGUCAAGUGACGCAGGAGCAGUAAAGGAGGCUGCGGAGGAGAAGAAGGAGCAAAAGAAAUUGACGAUUGGGCAAAAGAUCAAGAAGGAAGCCCAGCACUAUUGGGAUGGCACCAAGCUUUUGGCCACGGAAGUCAAAAUCAGUUCCAGACUAGCAUUGAAGAUGGCAGCGGGUUAUGAGCUGAGCAGAAGAGAACACCGACAGCUCCAACGAACGGUCAAGGAUCUCGGUCGCCUGGUUCCAUUCUCUAUGUUUGUCAUUAUUCCUUUUGCGGAGUUGCUACUCCCUGUGGCUCUCAAGCUGUUCCCUAAUAUGUUGCCGAGCACAUACGAGGGACAGAAAGCUCGCGAGAAGAAGGCAUUGAACCUGAGCUCUACACGGAAAGAAGUUUCUGCUUUCUUGAAAGAUACGCUCAAGGAGAGUGGUCUUCCUGUGACCGCGGCUACUGUCAAAAAUGAGGAGUUCGCAGAGUUCUUCAAGAAAAUCAGGACAACCGGAGAAGCACCUUCGACUGAGGAUGUUAUCAAAGUUUGCAAGGUUUUCAAAGAUGACCUGACUCUGGACAACUUGUCUCGGCCUCAGUUGGUCGGUAUUUGCAAGUACAUGAAUCUGAAUUCGUUUGGUACUGAUGCCAUGCUCCGUUACAACAUCCGACACCGCAUGAGGCAGAUCAAGCGUGAUGAUCGCGCUAUUUUCUACGAGGGGGUUGAAUCUCUUUCUGUGCCAGAAUUGCAGAUGGCAUGUGCCUCUCGUGGUAUUCGCACUCAUGGCGUUUCUCCUGCUCGUCUGCGCGAUGAUAUCUCGACAUGGCUCGAUCUUCGUCUCAAGCAAGGCGUCCCAUCUACGCUUCUUGUUCUGAGCAACGCAUAUGUUUACGCGCAGGGUGGUAAAGAGACAGAGAUGUCAUCCCAGAUUGAAGCUCUUCAGUCGGUGCUGUCCAGCAUUCCCGAGGAGCUGUUCCAUGAAAUUGAACUCGAGGUACACAAUGCCGAGGGUGCUGCCACAAACAAGCAGCGUCUUGAGGUCAUUAAGGAGCAGCAAGAGCUCAUUGAGGAGGAGAACGAGCAGAAUAGUGAGAACGAGGAGAAGGGCGUCGCCGCGCCUAAGGAUCAUGAGGAUAUCGACGAUAAGGAAGAUGUCACCAUCGAGGCCAAGUAUCAGGGCCAAUCCGGCGAGGCAGCCGAGGCAGUGGCCGAGGGCGAAAAGGUAGAGGAAGCACACUUGAAAGACCCAUCGGCCCAGGCCAAGGGAGGAAAAAAGGAGACGACCUCCGCUUAAGGACUCACCGGAUUUACACAGCAUGACAUAGACUUUCCUCCAUCUGCCCUCCUUCCCACUCUUCUUCUUGUUUGUGUUAUUCUUGAUACGAUAGACUACUCUCUUGUUUAAUCUGUUUGAUCAUGGUCCACUGGCCUCUGCGGUUAGUUCUUAUCUGCCCUUUGUCAUAUUACAUGUACCUUUUAUUAUUACUAUUACUUGGUGAUGUCUGGCUCAAUAGACACCCGGAAAUUAUGUGGAAUAUACCUGCUUUGAUAUGUGUUUGUUCCUCGCUCCUGACUUUUCCUGUGCUUCAAAAAAGGGUACAGCCU